AUGGAGUCGAUAUCUAGGAUAUCCACGUUGCUGGAGAGUGCUCGAGAACUCACCCUCGAUGCGGCUCAAUCAGCCCGUAGCUCUCGCACCUCCGUGAGAACCUUACCGCCAGCACAGAUUAAGAAGUUGCUUGAUAGUCGAAAUGAUCGAGAGGUGCUGGACGGAUUGAGGAAGGUCAUCUCUAUGAUGUACCGGUCGCAACCAUGCCUUACCUUCUUCUCGUCCAUUGUUAAGAAUGUUGCCUCUCCUAACAUCGAAAUCAAGAAGCUAGUCUACAUCUACCUCCUCUUCCAUGCCGAACAAGAACCAGACCUAGCCCUCCUCUCCAUCAAUACCAUACAAAAGUCGCUCUCAGAUGGCAAUCCACAGGUACGAGCCUUGGCGCUCAAAACCAUGUCAGGGAUUCGCGUCCCGGCCAUCAGCCAAAUUGUGUCUUUGGCUAUCAAGAGAGGCCUGGGGGAUAUGAGUCCAUAUGUCAGGAAGGCUGCUGCGUCGGCAAUACCUAAAUGUUAUAGGCUGGAUCCGAACACACUCCCACAGCUCCUGGAAUAUCUAUCGACUUUGCUAGGCGACCGACAGUACUAUGUAGCAGGGGCAGCAGUCAAAGCCUUCAUGGAGAUUUGUCCAGACCGAAUCGACCUCGUUCAUAAACAUUACCGGAGCUUAGUCAAGAAGCUGGUGGAUAUGGAUGAAUGGAGUCAGCUGGCAACUUUGAGGUUGAUGACCAUAUAUUCAAGAAAGUGUUUCCCAAAAAGGACACGGAGAGUGAAAAAGAGCAAUGGUAACCAAGGAUUCUACGGUGAGGAGGAGGAAGCUGAGGAAGAAGAUACUGGCGAAGUGGUUCAGGUGCUCGACCCCGAUCUCGAGCUGCUUCUGAGGAGUAUCAAGCCUCUACUGCAAAGUCGAAAUUCAGCUGUCGUGGUAGCCGUUGUUCGAUGCUACAUCAACCUGGGCACCCCGGAGUACAUCAAUGCUUCGGUCGGCCCUUUAAUAGCAUUAUUACGAGGACCACAAGAUAUCCAGCAUAUUGCAUUAUACAAUAUUGUCUCGGUAUGUCUCAUGCGGCCGGAGGCUUUCGUCAAAUAUGCGUCACAUUUUCUGGUUCAUUCUACGGAUCCCCCACAAAUUUGGGAACUAAAGCUCGAGCUACUUACACUAAUAUUCCCCCAUUGCGAUCUUUACAUGAAGAGUCUCAUCCUCAACGAGCUCGAGCACUUCUCCCGCGGUUCCGACAAAGAGCUUGUCCGGGAAGCAGUCAGAGCUAUUGGCAGAUGUGCUCAGAGCGAUUCCAGAACAUCUGGACGAUGUUUGCGCCUACUCUUGAAGCAAAUCACGAGUCUGGAUGGAAACUUGGUAGCAGAGUCCUUGACUGUCAUCAGACAUCUGAUACAACAGGAUCCAGGAUCCCAUACAAAUACCGUCAUCCGUCUAGCAAAGAAUCUAGACACUGCGACGAAUCCUCGAGCACGAGCAACAAUUAUCUGGCUCGUUGGGGAGUUCGCCGGUGUUAAUGGAGAGGAUAAUGUUGCUGCGGAUGUGCUACGUAUCCUUGCCAAAGGCUUUGCGGAUGAAGCAGAACCAGCGAAGUUGCAAAUUGUCCUCUUGGCCGCGAAGGUCUACCUCCAUCACCUAAACCGUUCAGACGUUGGGGCGGACAAUGCAACAGCAGCUCCUGUUCAAGAAUCAUCACACAAUUACUUACCUGAAGAAAACGAAGGUUUCGCCGAGCUCGGUUCACCUCAGCAUUCAACCUACUCACCACCAGAACCCGAGCCCGAACACCCAAUCGUCGCCUUAUGGAAUUACAUCCUCAUGCUUGCACGCUACGACACUUCCUAUGACCUUCGCGACCGCACACGACUUUACAAAGCGCUUUUGGCCAUCCCGUCUUCCACCCAACUGGCAAGCCUCAUGCUCCUCGCCCCAAAACCUGUUCCACACACACCCAGCCCAUCCGAAAGCCGGACGGGUUUCACACUCGGAUCUGCAAGUUUAGUGGUGGGCGAAGAUGGUGGUUUGCACGGAUUGCGAGGAUAUGAAGCGCUGCCGGAUUGGGUGGAAGCUGGCAAAGAGCCUGAUCCCUCCUUGAGAGAUACCGAUGUAAAGAUGGAGUAUGAUGCCCAGCGGCUUAUGCCGGCAGGUGAAAAACUUGACAGUGCAAUUAGGGAAAGCAAGAUGGUUGCAGGUUCGCCAUCGAAAACUAAUGGCUUUGGUGCUCCAGGGAGCAAGAAGACGCUCGAUGAUUGGCUUGCGGAGGAAGAGGCAGAAGAAGCAGAUAGCGAUGAGCAAGAAAGUGACGAGGACGCAGAAGAAACCGAAGAGGAAUCCAGCGAGGAGGAAUCAGAGGAAGAAGAUGAGGAGAGCGACGACGAUGAUGAACACGACAGACUAGUCAAGUGA